AUGUUUAAUUGGGUCCUUCCUUCCUUUCUUCCUUCCUUUUAUCCUUCCUUCUUUCCUUCCUUCCUUCCAUUCUUCUAUCCUUCUAUCAUUUCCUCCUUCCUUCGAUCCUUCUUUCUUUCCUUCCUUCCUUCCUUCCUUCUUUCCUUCUUUCUAUCCUUCCUUCUUUCCUUCCUUCCUUUCUUCCUUCCUUCCUUCAUUCCUUCGAUCCUUCCUUCCUUCCUUUUUUUCCUUCCUCCCUUCUUUCUUUCCUCCCUUCCUUCCUUCCUCCCAUUGCUUCCUUCUUUUCUUCUUGCCUUGAUUACUCCUAAUUUUUAUUCUUUUUCUCUGUCUUCCUUCUUUUUUUUAUUCUGUCCUUCCUACCUUAGUUACUUGUUUAAUUUUCUCCUUUGUUUCCUUGUUUCUUUGAUUCAAUGUUUAAUUGGGUCCUUCCUUCCUUUCUUCCUUCCUUAUAUCCUUCCUUCCUUCCAUUCUUCUAUCCUUCUAUCAUUUCUUCCUUCCUUCGAUCCUUCCUUCCUUCCUUGUAUCCUUCCUUCUUUCCUUUCUUCCUUCCUUCUAUCAUUUCUUCCUUCCUUCCUUCCUUCCUUCCUUCCUGCCUUCCUUCCUUCCUUUUAUACUUCCUUCCUUCCUUCUAUACUUCCUUCCUUCCUUCCUUCUAUCCUUCCUUCUUUCUUUCCUUCCUUUCUUGUAUCCUUCCUUCCUUCCUUCCUUCGAUCCUUCCUUCCUUCUAUUCUUCCUUGUAUCCUUCUUUUCUUCAUUCCUUCGACCCUUCCUUCCUUCCUUCCUUCCUUCCUUCCUUUGCUUCCUUCUUUUCUUCUUGACUUGAUUACUCCUAAUCUUUAUUCUUUCUCUCUGUCUUCCUUCUUUUUUUAUUCUUUCGUUUUGUUCUUUCUUUCUUUCUUUCUUUCUUUCUUUCUUUCUUUCUUUCUUUCUUAUAUAAUUCGUUUCAUUCUCCUUUUAUUUCUUUCAUUUUUCUUUCUUUCUUUCUUUCUUUCUCAUAUAAUUCGUUUCUUCCGUUCUUCCUUUCUUUCAUUCUUUCUUUCUUUCUUUCUUUCUUUCUUUCUUUCUUUCUUCUUCCUCUCUUUCAAAUAUAGUUCCUGUCACUUUGUUCUAUCAAUCGAUCUCUGUUCAUUAUAUCUAUCUAUCUAUCUAUCUAUCUAUCUAUCUAUCUAUCUGUUUCUGCCCAUAUCUAUCUAUCUAUCUAUCUAUUCAUCUAUCUAUCUAUCUAUCUAUCUAUCUGUUUCUGCCCAUAUCCAUCUAUCUAUCUAUCUAUCUAUCUAUCUAUCUAUCUAUCUAUCUAUCUAUCUAUCAUUAACACCUUUUAUAAUGUGUAACUUCACUGACCGCUGCAUUUCCACUUGUUUUUUGUCAUCUAUCUAUCUAUCUAUCUAUCUAUCUAUCUAUCUAUCUAUCUAUCUAUCUAUCACAAACUGUUCGUCUCUAUCACAGUCUGGACACAUCUAUCUAUCUAUCUAUCUAUCUAUCUAUCUAUCUAUCUAUCUAUCUAUCUAUCUAUCACAAAUUGUUUGUAUAUAUCUAUCAGACUCUCUACACAUCUAUCUAUCUAUCUAUCUAUCUAUCUAUCUAUCUAUCUAUCUAUCUAUCAAAAACUGUUCGUUUCUAUCACAGUCUGGGCACAUCUAUCUAUCUAUCUAUCUAUCUAUCUAUCUAUCACAAACUGUUCGUCUCUAUCUAUCACAGUCUGGACACAUCUAUCUAUCUAUCUAUCUAUGCCUUUGUUCUUAA